CUCCCGAUCUCAGUACGGGUUAUUUUGUUUGUUUGUUUGUUUGUUUUUGUUUUUAAGUAAUGGCAGAAAGGGAGAAAGAUAAGCCCAAUGUGGUCCAUCAAGACGCAAUUUUUGUUGAGACGGUCAGGAAGGAGCUAAGGUGCGAGAAACUCCACACGGAGUUCGGCUUCAAUCCGAACAAGACAGUGCAUGUGUUGCCAGAGAAACCUUUGGGUAGAAAACCACCAGAAGUCUUCGUGGAUACCUCUGAAUUCAUUGAUGCCAUCCGCAGAGCCCGCAUGGAACCCACUAAGAAGUACCCGAUGCCACAGACUGAGAGUCAGGAGAUAGGAUGGUGGGCAGCUCCACUGGUCCCACCGAACCGUGACGACGGGAGACUUCAUUUCCAUCGAGCCUACUCGGACAUCACCAGACACAAAGAAUCUGCUCUUAUGUUUUCUAAAAAGACUGAGAAAGAAAAAACGUCGCCUGAAAAGUGACAACCUCUUUUUUUCA